GGACUUUUAUUUGACCCGGAAGUAUAAAGUGCUCUUUAAUACAGAAGGAAGUGUGAGUUCACAAAGAACAGUUUUACAGUCGAUAACAUGGCAUUAAAUGUGCAGUCCAGAGCGAAGCGCUAUGAAAAGCUGGACUUUCUUGGUGAAGGACAGUUUGCAACUGUAUACAAGGCAAGAGACAAAACCACAAACACUAUUGUUGCUAUCAAAAAGAUAAAAGUGGGGCACAGGACAGAGGCCAAAGAUGGCAUCAACAGAACAGCCCUUCGAGAGAUUAAAUUGUUGCAAGAGCUCAGUCAUCCAAACAUUAUUGGUCUCCUGGAUGCUUUUGGACACAAAUCCAACAUCAGUCUGGUCUUUGACUUCAUGGAGACAGAUCUCGAGGUGAUUAUAAAGGACACCAGUCUUGUACUGACACCAGCCAAUAUAAAGGCAUACAUCCUAAUGACGUUACAGGGUCUGGAGUACAUGCACAAUUACUGGAUCCUGCACAGGGAUCUGAAACCCAAUAAUUUGCUCCUGGAUGAAAAUGGAGUCCUGAAGCUGGCUGACUUUGGCUUAGCCAAAGCGUUUGGAAGCCCAAACCGAGUGUAUACACAUCAGGUUGUUACAAGAUGGUAUCGUGCCCCAGAGCUGCUCUUCGGGGCCAGGAUGUAUGGUGUGGGUGUGGACAUGUGGGCAGUUGGCUGCAUUCUUGCUGAGCUUUUACUCAGAGUGCCCUUUUUAGCUGGUGAUUCGGACUUGGACCAGCUGACAAAGAUAUUUGAAGCUUUGGGAACACCAACAGAGGAGACAUGGCCUGGGAUGUCCAGUCUUCCGGACUAUGUGUCAUUUAAGCUAUUUCCUGGCACUCCGUUGGAGCACAUCUUCAGCGCAGCUGGCGAUGACCUCCUGGAGCUGCUGAAGGGAUUAUUCACCUUUAACCCCUGCACGCGCACUACAGCUUCACAGGCUCUGAAGAUGAAGUAUUUCAGCAAUAGACCAGGACCCACCCCAGGACCUCAGCUUCCCAGACCAAACUCCUCAACAGAAGCCCUGAAGGAGAAAGAAAACCUGUUGAUUGGAAUCAAGAGAAAACGUGACAGUAUUGAACAGGGUACCCUUAAAAAGAAACUGGUUUUCUGAGUGAUUCGGAUGCUGUUUUCUUCCACUGGUGCUGCUGUGGUUCUGCAUGGUGUUCAACAGCACAUUUAGCAGAGUCACUGAGUUAACAUAUUUAUGUGUUAAUAGUUGAAUUAUUUUUUUCAAUUAUUUUUUUAUGUUCUUUAGGAAAUUAAAUUAUCAAAAAAUUGCCUGUUGUCUCUUUUAAUUAUGCACAUCAACCACAUUUGUCACUAGCACAUGCAGUAAUAUUUUUAGCAUAUACAAUAAACAAAUGCUUUGCCAUCUAUAUAUGAUAUUGAUAAUAAAUGUGAUAUUAAUAAUAGUUCAAAUAAUGUAAUAUUUUCAACUGCUUUAUUUUUGAGUAAUGCUUAUAAGGAUUUGGUGUGGUUAAUUUCCUGAAAUCCUGGUUAAUCUUUAUUUCCAAGCUUUAUAUUUAUUAUCAUCAUAAAGCAUCUAAGGCAGUUUGGUUUGUCUGAACCCGCAUCUGUAGUCCUGAGGGAGGUGCUGUUGUCACAGCUCUGGCUGUAACUUCUCUCUUCCAGUAGAACUGGCUGCACUUCAGCCAACACUUUGUGAUGUAUUAAGAGUAAUGUUUACAGACAGAAUUUAAAUAAACCGAGACCAUUUAAACUGCA